AUGUUUAAAAAUACUACAAUAAAUAGAAAAAUUACUUUGUUAUCUACUAUAUCCAAGAGGUUUUUCUCUAUUCCUACAAUUUUUGCUUUAUCAACAAAACAGGGGAAAUCUGCCAUUGGAAUCAUAAGAAUAUCUGGACCCGAAUCCAGUUAUAUUCUACAAGAAUUAACAUUAAAUAAAUACUCACUACCUAAACCAAGAGUUGCAGUGAUUCAAAAAAUCUAUUCACCAAAGACCAAAAGCAUUAUAGAUGAAGCAGUUGUAAUAUCAUUUAAGGGUCCAAAAUCCUUUACUGGUGAAGACUUAAUCGAACUUCAUUUACAUGGUGGAAUCUCAAUAAUUAAUGCAGUGUUAUCAUCAAUUAAGUCAUUGAAUAAUAAUAAGAAUAAAAAUAUUAGAUAUGCAGUUAAUGGUGAAUUCUCUAAAAGAGCAUUUAUGAAUGGGAAAUUUGAUUUAACAGAAAUUGAGGGAAUUCGCGAUAUAAUUGAAGCAGAAACAGAAUCUCAAAGAAUUGCAGCAAUGAAUUCAAUGAAAGGUGAUAAUAAGAGAGUAUUCAAUCAAUGGAGAACAAAUAUUUUAAAUAAUAUAGCAAAAUUAACUGCCUUACUAGAUUUUGGUGAAGAUUAUCUUAGCGAAGAAACAGAUAAGAUUUUGAAUCAAGUAAAUGAUAAUAUUCAAAAAACUAAACAUGAAAUUGAAGAAUAUCUUAGAAGAGGUGAAAGAUCUGAAAUAUUAUUAAAAGGGUUCAAGCUAACCUUAUUGGGACCACCAAAUGUUGGCAAAUCAUCAUUAUUAAAUCAGUUGGCAAAUAAUGAAGUUGCUAUUGUUAGCGAUAUUGCAGGAACUACGAGAGACAUUGUUAAUGUGCCAUUAGAUAUUGGGGGCUAUAAAGUUGUGCUCGGCGAUACAGCAGGCAUAAGAUCAUUGAAUAAUACUAAAGAUAUAGUCGAGCAUGAAGGAAUUAAAAGAGCUAAAUUUAACGCACUAAAUAGCGAUUUAACGUUAUUAAUAUUAUCAACUGACGAAUUUGAGAAGGAGUUAAGAGACGAGCAAAUAAUCGAACAAAUAAGAGAACUCAAGAACAAAGAUAAAAAGAUGUUAAUUAUACUAAAUAAGAUCGACUUAGUUAAAGAUAAAAAAAAACUUGAAGACAUAAUUGAAAAAAUUGCACUGAGUUUGAAUAUAACCAAGGAGGCAUUGAAUCUAAUAUCAUGCAAUAAUAAGAUUGGCAUCGAUGAGUUGAUGGAUGUGUUAAUCAAGAACUUUAAGCAAAUUUCAUUAACAGAAGAGAUUGAACCAUUAGGGUUGUCAGAAAGAUGUCAAGACAUAAUUAAAAAUGAUAUCCUAUUUGGAAUGGAUGAAUUCGAGAAUUUUGUUGAAUUAGAAGAUGUAGUAUUGGCAACAGAAAGUUUGAAACAAUCAGUUGAAGGAAUUGGCAAAAUUACAGGCACUGCAAUUGGAAUUGAGGAAGUUCUUGAUGUUGUUUUUUCCAGUUUUUGCAUUGGGAAGUGA